GAAGCAUUUCAGCCAAGUACCCAGCUCUUCUGGGUCACGGGCUUUCCACCUCCUUCAGUUAAUCUAGUCCUGUCCCCAAUGCAACUGUACACCUCUGCUGGGAGAGUGUGGCUGGCUCUCCUGUUAGGCGUCUGUGUGGUAGGGAGCAGCUACAGUUCUCAAGCUUUUGAAGAUGCUGGACACAUGGUACAACUGCCUUUGGGGCAUUUCCCAAUGGGAACGGAUUCAUCUGAUGGUAAAAAUGAAGGGUCUCACCAGGACAUGACAGUGAAGUCAUUUUCUAUCGACAAAUAUCCUGUUACCAACAGGGAUUUCAGGGAGUUUGUUCGAGAAAAGAAAUACAAAACGGAAGCAGAAGCCUUCGGCUGGAGCUUUGUCUUUGAAGAUUUUGUAUCCGAAGAGCUGAAAAAAAAAGUGACCCAAAAACUGGAGUCUGCCCCUUGGUGGUUGCCAAUUGACAAGGCAUUUUGGCGACAGCCAGCAGGUCCAGGGUCUGGGAUAAAAACCAAGCUGGACUACCCUGUGCUCCAUGUGAGCUGGAAUGAUGCCCAGGCGUACUGCAAGUGGAGAGGGAAGAGGUUGCCUACGGAGGAGGAGUGGGAAUUCGCUGCAAGGGGAGGACUAGAGAACAGAGUUUAUCCCUGGGGGAACAAGUUUCAACCAAAUCGUACGAAUCUCUGGCAGGGAGUCUUCCCAACGGUUGAUACGGCCGAGGAUGGUUACCAUGGUAUUUCCCCAGUGAAAGCAUUCCCGCCUCAGAACAGCUAUGGACUCUAUGACCUGUUAGGGAACACCUGGGAAUGGACUGCAUCAGAGUAUCAGCCUCAUGGACCUGCGUCAAGGCAGCGUGGUCAGAAAAUGCAUGUCCUGCGAGGUGCCUCCUGGAUUGACACAGUAGAUGGAUCAGCCAAUCACAAAGCUCAUGUCACUACUAGGAUGGGAAACACGCCAGACUCUGCCUCGGACAACCUGAGUUUCCGCUGUGCUGCCAACAUCCCAAGUCAGAAAACCAGGAAAACUGAGCAUAAAACAGAGCUGUGAUGAAAUCACUUAUCAGAAUGGCCCUGAGACAUUUUCUCCUGUGGAGACACCGGUGAUUCCCUGCAACUGCGUUGAAUUGAAGUUUGGCAAGUUUUAAAAAAUAAACAUUUGCGGCUAAUGUUCCAUUUCAAA